AUGGUUGGCGGAUUUUCUGAGUCACCGAUGCUUCAAAAGAGAAUUCAGGAGUCAGUGCCGCAAGACAAGAAAUUUAUCAUACCAAAGGAGCCGGGUCUAGCUGUACUGAAAGGCGCCGUUAUAUUUGGUCACAAUCCGUUGGUCAUCGAAGCGCGGCGAGCACGGUAUACAUAUGGAGUUGGCACAUCGGUGAUUUUUGAAGAAGGCACGCAUCCGGACUCAAGACGUAUAACGAGCGUCGACGGUGAAGACUACUGUACUGACAUUUUCGACGAGCACGUAACAAUCGGACAAGAGCUGGUUUUCGGAAAAACAAACAUGGACCGAGAAUAUUCUCCUUUAAACAAAGAUCAGGAACGAAUGACUUUUGCGUUUUACGCGUCUACUGAUCCCAACCCAGCUUUUGUCACAGACGCAAACUGCACAGAAAUUGGUCAGUUCACGGUAGACCUGGCUGAUUCUGAUGAUGACCGAGCAUUUAGUGUCACAAUGGUAUUUGGUGACACGGAGCUCCAUGCCGAGGCUGUUGAGAUGGCAACUGGUAUGAAGACAAAGUGCGUUCUUUACUUUUUGGGAUAAAGCACAAAUUAGAUAUUUAAGCAGAAAGAUGAUAUCGGAAUGUAAUAAUGAACAUCGUGGCUUUCAUUCGGGUUUACGUUGAAUAUAUUUGUUGCCAAUUUAUAAUGGUUAUUUUGCCUAUUUUAUGCUGACAGCAGUUUUUAUUUUUAUUUUUAUAAUUAUAUUAUUUUUACACUUAAAUUGACGUUUUAAUGCGAACAUAUGUAUUUUGUUCUGUUAUUGCAGUACUGAACAUAUUAUAUUUCUAUUUUAUUAUUGCAGUGUGUAUUGUUUCUAUUGUUAUUAGAGCAGUGUUUAUAUUAAAGUGUCUUUUUAAAACUCUUCGGUAGAAACAAGAACUCUACAACACACAAGUCCAAUAACCAGGUGGCUAAAAGAUUAUGCAAUAUUGUUUUAAACGUCAAGAUAAAAUACCAACCAUAAUCAUUUGUAUGAGCGUGCAAAUUAAGUUGUGAAACAGAAAUGUACUUUUAUAUGAAGCUUUCUUAAUAAAAAGUUAGUGUUU